UAGGAUGGCCAACAUGGGUUCGAUGCGUAUUCUCAUCAAGGGAGGGAAGGUGGUCAACGAUGACUUCACCCAGGAAGCAGACGUCUACAUUGAGAACGGCAUCAUUCAGCAGGUUGGAAAGGAGCUGAUGAUACCGGGCGGGGCGAAGGUGAUUGACGCCUCUGGAAAGCUGGUGUUGCCGGGCGGAAUAGACACCAGUGUGCAUCUGCAGCAGACCUUCAUGAACGCCAGCAUUCAGGAUGACUUCUACAGCGGGACCAAGGCGGCUCUGAUGGGUGGUACCACCAUGGUGAUGGCUCUGGCCCUGCCUGAACAGCACUGCUCCCUGGUGGACGCCUACGAGAACUGCAGAGCUCUGGCCGACGCCAAGGCCUGCUGCGACUACGCCCUGCACGUCGGGGUCACCUGGUGGGGGCCGAAGGUGCACAAUGAGAUGGAGACCCUGGUGAGGGAGCAUGGAGUGAACUCCUUCCAGAUGUACAUGGCCUACAAAGACUCGAUGAUGCUGAGGGACUCGGAGCUGUACCAGUCGCUGCAGACCUGUAAGGACAUCGGGGCCAUCGCUCGCGUCCACGCCGAGAACGGAGAGCUGGUGGCAGAGGGUGCCAAAGAGGCUCUGGAGCUGGGCAUCAAUGGACCAGAGGGGAUUGAGAUCAGUCGACCAGAGGAGCUUGAGUCUGAGGCUACUCACAGGGCUAUCACCAUCGCCAACAGGGCUCACUGCCCGAUCUACCUGGUGAAUGUGUCCAGUGUGUCUGCCGGAGACAUGAUUGCUGCUGCUAAGAUGCAAGGUAAAGUGGUCCACGCAGAGACCACAGUAGCUCAUGCUGUUCUGAACGGGAUGCACUACUACCACCAGGACUGGAUUCAUGCUGCCGCCCACGUCACCGUCCCUCCUCUCCGCAUCGACCCCAACACACCCAGCUACCUCAUGGGCCUGCUGGCCAAUGACUCUCUGAGUGUGGUGGCAUCGGAGCACCGUCCAUUCAGCACCAAGCAGAGAGCUCUGGGUAAGGAGGACUUCACAAAGAUCCCUCAUGGGUUGGCUGGAGUCCAGGACAGGAUGAGUGUCAUGUGGGAGAGGGGAGUGGUUACAGGAAAGAUGGAUGAGAAUCGUUUCGUGGCAGUGACAAGCUCUAAUGCUGCAAAGAUCUACAACCUGUACCCACGCAAGGGUCGUAUCAUCCCCGGAGCUGACGCUGAUCUGGUGGUCUGGGACCCAGAUGCAGCGAGGACGAUCUCUGUGAGCACUCAGGUGCAGGGCGGAGACUUCAACGUGUACGAGGGUCUGCGCUGCCACGGCGUCCCCCUGGUCACCAUCAGCCGAGGACGCCUGGUGUGUGAGAACGGUGUGUUCAUGUGUGCCGAGGGAUCCGGAAAGUUCUACCCUCAGCGCACCUUCCCUGACUACCUCUACAAAAAGAUGGUGCAGAGGGAAAAGACCCAGGCGAUUAAAGGGGUGGACAGGGACCCUUACUCUGGUGAUGUAGCCAAGUUGGCAAACACCAUGAAGAAGGAGCUCGGUCUGGGCCCCAUGGAUGGAGACACCAAAGGCGUCCCCCGCGCCCACCAGGGGGUCCGAGACCUCCACGAGUCCUCCUUCAGCCUCUCAGGGUCUCAGGUUGACGACCACGUCCCGAAGAGGUCCUCGGCUCGGAUCCUGGCCCCCCCCGGCGGGCGCUCCAGUGGUAUCUGGUAAUCACUGCAGCCGGAGCUUCACCCGUCCGAGUCUCCUUGUUUUGUAUUAUUCUGCGCAACCAGGAAAACUGCACUGAUUUUCAAUCACAUGAUCAAAGUUAAGAGAGGCAAACAAAUAAAGCACACGUCUGUGAUUGGUGAAGAACUAACUGACGGUGCGCCAAAGUGACUUUUACAAAUCUAAUUUGUGUCUUAAUUGGAGUGACUGACCUGAUUAUUUACACGAGAGUGAAGGGCUAUAUAUGAAUUUAAAAUGUGUUGCCAAAUUCAAGCUGAUCAUACUAACGUUAAAGUGAACUCAUUAUCACCCUGCUCGUAUCCCGCGGAGAAACGCAAACUAAACAAACUGUGAGAGAUCAAAACCAGUACAGUUUUUGAAGGUUGGAAGUGAUGUCGACUGAAUUAUUUAAAAGUAUUAACUGGAUUCAGUGAAAUAUCUAUCACCCACAUACACUGUAGGCACCAUAGCUUUAGACUCACAUGAAGACGUGUAUGGAUUCUGUUUGUGAUUGAACACCCACUGUGCUCGGCUUCCUGCUGCACCGCGGGUUCCUCUAACACUGUUUUUAUUUCCAACGGGUGAUCUGUGCUGUGUGGUGAUGAAAUCCAACUGCUUCAUAAACACUGUGAUUUUACAGCUACACUAUCUAUAAUAUCCAUCCGUUUAUUUCCAUUACCUCUGACUGAGACAACACUCACGUAUCCCAGAAACAUCCUGCCUCACCUGCAACCUAGCAGGACUUUAUAGACUGAGUUACAGAAGUAGUGUAGUCUUUUCUGUAUGUAUAGACUUUGGAAAGACUGGGGAGAAGGAAAGAUAAAGAGUAAGUGAUUUAAAGGGGUAAACAAGAAGGACAGCGUUCUGUUAUUUUUCUGCUGAUAGUACAGAACAUAACAUUAGGGCUUGAAAUGAUUUAAAUAAAUUAGAAUCUCAUUCACCAGAGAGAUUACUGUCUGAGGGAAAGUAGGAGCUGCUAAAAACACCAGGGGCCUCAUCCAUCAAAAUGUGCAAGUGUAAACGUCUGUGUUAUUGCCAGUUAAGGAAAUAAUAAGGAAGAAUAUAGUAAAUGAAAAGGAGUAUGAACAGGAAUGGAAAAAAGGGAAGAAAAUUAAAGAUUUAGUUGGAAAGUUUCCUUCAAUCUGAGUCUCUAGGUUAGUAAUUACCAUUUGCACCGUUUAUGAACACACUAAUCUGAUUGCACAGCUAAUAAAUGAGGAUGAUGAUACCCUAGAGAUCGCACGUAGAGGGCCCCGAAAGUAACAACAAGAAGGGAUGUUAUGUUGUUGAAUUUCAGUAGUAUCUAGAGGAUUUUGAGAGUAAACUUCCUGUUUUUAGGUAAAUAAAAAAGGGAUUUCUUGUCCAGAGCAGGAAGAUUGAGCUGCACAGCCUGAAGAAACUUUCUCUUCUCAUUCCUGCCUACCAGUAUUAUAUUUAUACAUGAUCACCUCUUGUCUGUGAACUAUAUACUUAGGAUGUUUGUUUGUUUUGUUUUUUAGUUGAAAGAAUACAUGUGCCAAUGUGAAUCACUCGUGCAACACCCACACCCAUGCAUGAAGAGCACCACGCGGAGACGGAGCAGUAAAUCUCUUGCAGGCUCACAACAAUGGUGCUGUUUUUUUUUUACUAUAACCUACUGCUGUAUACAACUACAUUAUUUUACUGUUGGAUGGAUUUGUUGUUUUGAAGGCACUGUGACUGGUUGGUGGCUGUGUGUGUUUGUAGGUUGUUGUCGUGUCGGACAGUGAAACUGUUGAAUCUGUAAGUGGCUGCUUGUUUCUUACCACACGAAUAAAGAGAAAAAAAAUAACA